AUGCACUCCAAGUGCCAGGGCCGUCGCCGCUUUGCAUUCUCAGCCACCAUCAGUGAAAAUGGAACCGAGACCAGAGUGAUAGAUUCGAGUGAUUCAUCAGACACCACUUCAAUAAGGAAUGCAUCUCGUCAACAAACACAAGGUUCUGCCAAGGAUGAGAUCACAGUUACUCCAGGCGAUGGACACGUCACUUCUAAACGGCUCAAGAGAACGUACCACUCUCCAAGUCGUGAUCCGCGACCACAAGUUGUCACGAAUGGGAAGUUUGCUGCAUCGAGUAAUGGAAGUGUCAAAGGCGUCACCAUAGGAUAUUGGAAAGACUCAGAGGCUCCUACAGUGGAUCUUAAACAUGCCGUCAUUGGUUUUAUCGAUGUUCGCAAACGAUUACGGACCCGUAUUCAGCCGACCACAUUAUCUGGAGAAAAUGUAUCAGAUGAAUACCCCAUGCCACCAGGAUCUGGUGGAGGUUGGGUAGCGUUCGACAAGAUUGUGUUUUUGGAUCAUCUUGUGGGCUUAGACAAGUCACAGGUCCAGGAGUAUGUCAAGAUUCGCGCUGAAGCAAUUGGCACAUACGAGCUUGAGGGAGAGAGAGCUGCUGCUAAGAAGGCUGUCGUUAAAGAAGCAGUCCGUCGAGCCAAUCUCAACUCCACUACCGAGCACGGCACAAAUCUGCAACCUCAGGUUGCUUAUGGUGUUGAUCUUCCCGAACACUUGCAACAGAAUCACGAUGCCAAAAGGAGGAGGACGAGCGGAGGGUUUACGCCAGUCAACCCUCCUCCCUCAAAUAGCUCUGUUGUUGAACAUACUCCCAUUCAGCCAGCCCCCGGUGGCCCGCAGCCUCUGCGACAUACCGUCAAUCCCCUACCCGGCUCAAGACCUACUCGAAUUCUUGUUGGGCACUGGGCAAAGUCCAACUCGCCGGACCCUCGGGAUCGCCAUGCCGUAUACGGAAUCCUGGGACAGAAUGACAUGUUCCGCGUCAAGCUGGUACGAGAGACGCGCGACGGACGUUUCGUUGAAGGGAAUUUCCCAGCUGGGGCUGGUGCACUCUGGAUUGCAUACGAGGAAGUUGCCUUUGAGCCGCACUUGAAGAACCUGACACGAGACGAUAUCAAGGAAUAUUGCCGUGUUCGACAGUAUCAGAUAGAUAUGGGAGAGAAAGAAGGGGAGCGAACCUCCAACGAGACCAAAGCUGUAAUCGAAGCAAAGGCAAGGGUUGCGGGAGCGAACCCCAAAGCAGCUGCUCCCUUGUCUGUUGCACCCGCCCUACCCCGUCUCCCAGGUGAUUAUGGCGAAGAACCUGACCAGACAGGGCGAAUAGGAUAUGACGGGCAUGAGCUGCGUCAGAGUCGCCGCGUUGAGGCUGCCAGAGCCGAAGCACGCCAGGCAUACAUAGAUAUCGACACUCCUUCUCAGCCUGCGGCAGCCCCUCGCCAAAGCACGGGCAGGACAUCGCUAAACAACAAUGCGAUCGAAAGAACAUCUGCUCUAGCGGAGCGCGCGAUUGCACGCGUCGAACUCGCUCAGGAACGCGCUGAUAAGUGCGCAGCGAACCGUGAACGUGCAGCGGCCGCGGCCGCCCAAGCCGCCCAAGCUGCUGCUGCGAAUAUCCCUGGCAUAGCUGUUAACGGGCGGCAACAAUUACACGAGCGGGACGAAAUGCAACGACUUGAUAAGGUCUGGGCACGCCAGGAAAGCCUUCGCCUCAGAACGAAUGCCGAAGACGCGAAGAUGUACGCCGGGGUGAAGUAUGAACGCAAGACGCAAGGCUCAUUUACUGGGAAACUCGUUUCGCAAGGCACCAUUGUCAAUAUUGACGGCGAGGACUACAUUGAGUACCGUGUUCUCGCCAAGCCGUCGUUCUUUUAG